AUGUCCGCUGCAAAGCCCUUCGACUGCCCCUGGGCAACAUGUACCAAGUCCUUUGGCAGGCGCAGUGAUCUAGCGCGUCACCAUCGUAUCCACACAAACGAGCGUCCCUUUGUGUGCCACUUCUCUCACUGCGGCAAGGCCUUCAUCCAGCGCAGCGCAUUGACUGUGCACAUCCGCACACACACAGGAGAGCGUCCUCAUGCGUGCGAAUGGAUCAACUGCGGCAAGACCUUCUCAGACUCGAGCUCCCUUGCUCGUCAUCGUCGCAUUCACACAGGCAAGCGUCCUUAUGCGUGCUAUGCCAAUGGGUGCCAUAAGACCUUCUGCCGCAAGACAACAUUGACCAAGCAUCUGCGCAAGUGUCAU